CAGAAUAGAAAGGAAACCGAACGGAUACACUCCCCCACGUCAUGCAAGAGGCAUCCUCUGUGUAGGAAGCGCCGUGCGAGCAUUUAACGUGUGAUGCAUGUAGUUCAUGAUGACAGAAAGGCACCUGAAACAGACUAUGCUUUUUUCUCUCUUCUCCUCCCCCCACGUUAUUGUUGUAGCGGCGGUCCCGGGAGAAGUGGUUAACACGAAGAACUAGGUGCUGGUGGCGUCUCUGAAGCGUGGGGACUUGGAGGUCGUACACACUUUCUUCUUCAGUCACUUGAUGAUUUCGUCUCCGUCUGAUGGUGGUCAUGUUGGGAAUAAAAGGUUCAUGAGACUGCUUGGAGUGUGUAGAAGUUGUACAUGUUCCUCUAAGUCUUGGUCCUCCAUGGAUAUUUUGGCCUUCCCUUAUGGUUCAAUGCUGGUUCUGGGUGCCAUCUCUGCUGCCUCAGCCUUCGUUGUCACCAUCCUUAUUGUGCUGGUGUGUGUGGGGUGUCGCACGAAAAGCAAAAGUAAACACAGCCAUGCCAGUGUGGGGGACCAAAAGAGGGACAUGGGUAUUCUUCGUCAGUCCAAGCUGAGUUCCAUGAGUAAAUCAGACACACGCCUGCAUGAGAUGCACCGACUGCCUUGCAAUGCAAAUGGUGCUCCUAAGAAUCGCCCAGCCAGCAUGGACCUACUAUUGCUGCAAAGUCACCGCUCAACCUCUGACCGUCUUCCGACCUCUGGCUGCCAGAUGCCCUGCCUCCCCACUGGCUCUGAGAGUGAGGAGCGUGACCAUGUGUCCCCAGAGUACGAAGGACUAUAUGAAAGGGUUGGUGUGUGGAGAGCUCCUCCCCCAGCUCCACUUCUGAAUACAAUACAAAGCCAAUCAAUUACUGAGAACAGACGAGGAGGAGGAGGGGGAGUGGAGAAUAGAGGACUGAAUGAGGCAGUGCAAGCGGAAAUGAUGGCCGAGUAUGCCUCUGUGAGGAAGGUGAGAAAGCUGGAAAGAGGAAGGAGGCAGGAAGGAUCAGAGGAGGAAAAUACAUCAGCGUCAUCCAAUACCAUGGAACCUUUCCACAUACCCAACUUCCCCAAGGGGGCAGUGUCCAUGGGUGAUGGAGAGGAGUACAUAUGGAAGCCUCCUGACGAGAGCAACAUUCUCUUUUUGAGGGGUCCAUCACUGGAGAAUGGCCUCAACAAUGCGCACAAGACAGAGAUCUUUGAAACAUACUCCACCAUCUGUAAACCUUUGAAGAAAGAACAUCCUGGGUCAACACAGCAGAUCAGUGAGGAACUAUGCUCUGGAGAGAAGGGCUCUAAGGGACCUGUAUCAUGGCCAUCAAGGGAGCACUGCUAUGAGGCAGUGGGAGAGAAGACUUGGUCUAACGUGCUUGAUUCGGACCCAGCCUAUGCCACCAUCAACCACAUGCAAAAGAGAGAGCUGCUGUGCAAUAGCACAUUAAAGCCAAAGGAGAAGUCUUGUGGGCCUCUGCUGGGACCAGAGAGGGCACUGACCUGUGAGAACUUUUACGAGAGCAUUGAGGAUGUGAAGCAGGGCACCAACACCACAAACACCACCACCAUCUUCACCUUUAAUGAUGGCAUGGAGAUGUACAUCACAGGGCUAUAGAGAUCUUGGCCGGAUACACCUGAAUUCAAAAGAAGUCCAAAAAAUAGACUAGAUAGUAGACUAAAAAUAGACUAGCAUACACAAUUUAUGGUGUAAAGCAGUGGAGAUCCAUAUACACCCAUCUGUAAUAUACAUUUGAUAAACACAUACAGUGCAUCUGGAAAGUAUUCACAGUGCUUCCGUUUUUCCACAUUUUAUGUUAGAGCCUUAUUCCAAAAUGGGUUAAAUUCAUUAUUUUCCUCAAAAUUCUACAAACAAUACCCCAUAAUGACAAUGUGAAGGAAGUUUGUUUGAAGUCUUUGCAAAUUUAUUAAAAAUAAAAAACAAAAAAAGCACAUGUACAUAAGUAUUCACAGCCUUUGCCAUGACACUCAAAAUUGAGCUCAGGUGCAUCCUGUUUCCACUGAUCAUCCUUGAGAUGUUUCUACAACUUGAUUGGAGUCCACCUGUGGUAAAUUCAGUUGAUUGUACAUGAUUUGGAAAGGCACACACCUGUCUAUAUAAGGUCCCCCAGUUAACAAAUGCAUGUCAGAGCAUAAACCAAGCCAUGAAGUCCAAGGAACUAUCUGUAGACCUCCGAGACAGGAUUGUGUCGAGGCACAGAUCUGGGCAAGGUUACAGAAACAUUUCUGCAGCAUUGAAGGUCCCAAUGAGCACAGUGGCCUCCAUCAUCCGUAAAUGGAAGAAGUCUGGAACCAGCAGAACUCUUCCUAGAGCUGGCCGCCCAGCCAAACUGACCGAUCGGGGGAGAAGGGCCUUAGUCAGGGAGGUGACCAAAAACCCCGAUGGUCACUCUGACAGAGCUCCAGUGUGUCUCUGUGGAGAGAGGAGAACCUUCCAGAAAAACAACCAUCUCUGCAGAACUCCACCAAUCAGGCCUGUAUGGUAGAGUGGCCAGACGGAAGCCACUCCUCAGUAAAAGGCACACGAGUCUGCCUGGAGUUUGCCAAAAGGCACUUGAAGUACUCUCAGACCAAAGUUUGAACAAAGAUUGAACUCUUUGGCCUGAAUGGCAAGUGUCAUGUCUGGAGGAAGCCAGGCACCAGUCAUCACCUGGCCAAUACCAUCCCUACAGUGAAGCAUGGUGGAUACUUUACGGAUGCACUGUAUAUAUGAAUGCAAUAUGUACUUGAGACAAGAUAUUAUAUUUUUGUUGUGAACGCAUACUGUAUGAAUAACCACAUACCAAGGUCAUUCCAUCUCAAGUGGUCCAAUGCAGGUUACUUGACUGUUUUUAAUUUCAAUUACGAUUUUUUGAGUGAUUACCUCUAUGUAUUGGCAUUGCAAAAUCAUCAGUUUAUUUUUAUUUUACUUGGUUUAACUACGAUGGUCAUCUUUGUGUCAUGGUACACAACAAAUUUUGCUUAUAAGGCUAUUUACUUACGGAAACAUGUAUGAAAGUACAGUGUUCAGUUGUUUGUUUGGUUUUUUUUUUCUUGUUUAUUUUCAAAGGAACAGUGUCAUAAACAGAGCUCUGGUGUUAUUUGUCCUGUGAAAAGCAGAAAGUGACUGCAACCAACUUUGCAAUUAUUGGACCACUUGAGAUGGAAUGACCCACCACAGACUUAUUCAGAAUAACAGAAUCAACCUUUACAGCUCCAAAAAAGACUCUGAGAGACAAAGCAUCAAAUAUGGCUUCUGCUUUGUUAUAAUCUCCAUCGAAAGCAUUGAACUAAUGCAUGGCUUCACUUGAUCUGUCUUUACCAUUAUUCUUCUUUAGUGUCACUCUUUUGUACCAAUGCAGAAGGUCUUUUUGUGUAUUGAAGGGUAUUUAUGGAUUUUUAGAUGUUCUAAAUAGCCGUGCAUGUUUCUGUUGGUGUUUUUGUACCUCUGAGCAGACUUAAAAGCCGUAAAGCAAAUAAUUCUUGAAUACUAUCGCAGUUUUUUCAACUUUCUUCUUUUUUUUCAAAUAACAUGUAUCCUCCACCCAUUCUUUGGCAGGCAGAAAACCUAGAUUUCAGUUGACGGAAUGGUUUUUGCCCCACAGCGAAGGAGUCAGCCUCCUUUUUAUAUCGCAGUCUGGACACUUAUGAAUUUCCUAGCAAAGUUUUUUUUUUUUUUUUAAACUUUUCUAGGAAAUAGAAAUAAGAGACAGAAAAGAGCACUUCAUUAACACAGUAAGGCUCAACACAUGUACUGAGUGUUCUUAGUGGUAUUGUUGACAUUGGGUUUAUUGGAUCUGCAUUACCAGUAUGCAGGAGCACUGUGGUCUGAUUGGCUUUUGCAGGGCUGAAGUCUAUAAUGGCUAUGCAUUUGGCAGGGUCCACAUUCUAUCCACAGGUGCCAGAUCAGGACAAUGGCCUCUGGUUUCUUUGGCUGCUGGCUGGUGUAAACAGCACUGCUUAACACAGGAUAAGGUAAACCUAGCACCAGCCACAGUCACUACCAAGAAGGAAGCUUCCAACUGUAGUCUUUCUGCAUGUUAAACUACAAUGCAAAAACGAAAGAAAGGGUCAUGGAAUUUGGACACUUUGUGACUUAUUGUAAACAUAAUUAUGAAAUAUUUACAAUAGAGGCUAAGGGAAAAUUCAUUGCAGUUGUGAAGGUAUAAUAUUAACUGAAUGAUUAACUCAGGGAUUGAGGUUAGAUUAGCUGUAGAGCAAAAUGUCCAUUUCUUCUCCAACCUGAGGAAUUUAAAUAUGAAUUUAAAUAUGUUAGGUUAUGUGAAGUAUAUCGUUUAUCAUACAUAUAUAUCAAGAUUAAAUAUGAGCUUUUUUAAAUUUAUUUUCUUAACAAUAAAAUGUAUCAUUCUUUAUUUUCCACACUUACUGUAAUUGUUGAGAAUGCUAGCACCACUGCCAUGCAUGUGUUUCAGUGUUCUUUAAUUGUUCAAUCUUGCUUGAAUAUGCAUGCAUUUUAUAAAACAUAUUACAUUUUCUACUUGGUACUUCUUCAAAAUGAGAAUAAUUUUAUAUAAAAUAAAGUGUUUCCAAAAUCUGUGCUCAAAAUUGAAUCAUGCAUUAAAUAUUAUGUAUUGGAAAAUAAGGAGCAGGCCAGUGGGAGACAUCACACAAUAUUGUGUUGUGUGAUGCAUUACACAGUACAUAUCAGCAUAAGUUUUUCAAAGUAGCGUGGAUGCGCACACCCAAAGCAACCCGAAAUUGUUCAUCAGCAUUACUAAUGUGCAUCCUUGAGGCAGAUUUCCAGAUUGGAGAAAUAUCCCUCUCUGUACAUUGAGUUCCUCCCACUCACAAUGCUGUCUGAUAAAGCACAGACUUUACCAUAUAUUGUACAGUACCUCAGGCCUUGUAAAAGCAAAUAUAGUGUUGGAAGAGAAGGAAUACAACCAAACCAUUUUUAAUUAAACAAAUUAUCCUAAUGUGUGAAGAUUUCAUGCCCCCCCCCCAAUCCCCCAUGGUACUGCUGUUUCAUGAGCUGAUCACACAUAUGCUUUGGAUAUACUUCGUACAGACCUUCAGUUGGUCAGCUUUGCUUUAUAUGUAUUUGUCCAGGAUCAGCUUAGUGCAACUGAAUGUUUGUCUGUUCAAAUAGAGUUUAGUAUGUAAACUUUUGAUCUUAAUCUCAGUAAUAUAACUUGUGAAAAACAAUUUUAAUGUUUUCUACCUAAUCAUAAAUUUUUUUAAUUUUUAUUUUUGUAAUAAAGUUGCAUAUUAAAGCAGUA